GAAAUAUAACAUCAUUAGCACAUCUAACGCCACGGACGACUUGUUAUACACCCACGAAGGGAACCUGUCGCCGUAAAGACGUGUUAUUUACGAAGGAAGUAGCUUUAGCCCGCUAACGUUAACCAACUUAAUAAGAGCACUUUCAACUCUCGUUAUCCAGAUAUCAAAGCUAAACAUCGGGAUCUACAACCGCGACGUGUUUUGUUUCUAGCGCUGACAUAAAAGUGAGGGGCACUGAAGUCAUGGAGGAAAUCAUCGGGGUCUGUGGUCUAGAAGCCAGAGGACUCGUUGAAGGGAGCAGUUCACCUCCGGACGUGGAGACCCCAUCCCAGGAUAAUGUGGAGGAUUUCGCAGGGCUGGUGAUCAGUGAGGAGGAAAGAGGGGAGACGCCCGGAAGGGAGGAUACUAACCCUGACCCCCUCGAUGUGGAGUUGGACCCUAAUGCUGAGAAAACCAAGGACCAAAAAGCAUUUGGCAAAGAGGUUUUGUUGCUGAUGCAGGCGCUUCAUACUUUAGCCACCCCAGAAGAAAAACUCGCUGCCCUUUGUAAGAAAUAUGCAGACCUGCUGGAGGAGAGUCGCAGCAUGCAAAAGCAGGUGAAGGUGUUGCAGAAGAAGCAGAACCAGGUGCUUAAAGAGAAGAUCCACCUGCAGAGCGAGCACAGCAAGGCCGUCCUGGCACGCAGCAAACUGGAGAGUCUUUGCAGGGAACUUCAGCGCCAUAACAAGACUUUAAAGGAGGAGAAUGCUCAGAGGUCCAGGGAGUACGAAGAGCAGCGCAAGGAGGCGACGCUGCACUUCCAGAUGACACUCAACGAGAUUGAGGCCCAGAUGGAGCAGCACAAUUUGCACAACAGCAAGCUGCGGCAGGAGAACGUGGAGCUGGCUGAGAAACUCAAGAAGCUCAUCGAGCAGUAUGAGCUCCGGGAGGAGCACAUCGAUAAGGUGUUCAAACACAAGGAACUGCAACAGCAGCUGGUGGACGCUAAACUCCAGAGGACGGCUGAGCUGAUGCGAGAGGUGGAGGAGAAACAGCAAAGAGAAAGAGAGUUUCUCCUGAAGAACGCGACUGAGUCCAGACAUAAAUGUGAGCUGAUGAAGGAGCAGGAGCAUCAGUUAAAGCAGCAGCUCACUCUGUACAUGGACAAGUUUGAGGAGUUUCAGACCACCCUCGCCAAGAGCAACGAGGUCUUCACCACCUUCCGACAGGAGAUGGAGAAAAUGACGAAGAAGAUCAAGAAGCUUGAGAAGGAGACCACGCUAUGGAGGACCAAAUGGGAGACCAACAACCAGACUCUACUGCAGAUGGCAGAAGAGAAAACGGUGCGAGACAAGAAUUACAAGGCCCUCCAAGGGAAACUGGAGCGUCUGGAGAAGCUUUGCAGGGCCCUCCAGAGAGAACGCAACGACCUGAACCUAAAACUCCAGGCCCUUCAGGGCCCAGCGAAAGAUCUGGAGGAAGACGGUACGGGGCCUCCUGACCCUCAGCCGCAGGGGCUUAACCCAGAGAUGGAGAGAGAGGUGGAGGGAGAGAUGGAGGGUUUGGUGCCUCAAACAGAGAAACUCGGGCUUCGGCCUGAGGAAGAGGGCACCACAUCAUCCACACAACUCACUGACGACUGAGCCUGGCCUUCUGGUGGCCUUUCUUUUCCUUUCUUUUUGUGGAGGUAUAUAUUUUUGUCUAACAAUUAUCAUAAACAAAUUUGUGAGGAAAAAGCAGGACAUUAGUGAAGACGCUAACUGCUCUAUACGUUGGUAAUCUGCUUUGUGGAAAGCACUUUUUACUCCCUGUUUUCUAUCACAUUGUAUUUUCGUAGGAAAUGGUCAUGUGGUCCAAGAUGGCCGCCAUACAGCUUUGUUUCGUACGUUUUUUUUCUUUUUCCUUCCCCUUAUUCUCUGCUCAGCUGUGCUGUGCUGUGCUUGCACGUUUUUCGUUUAUCUUGAAUAAAAUGUAGCUCUUCGCUCUGACCUCUAGAAUCUGAAUAAAUCAUUUUGGAUGCAUAUAAUGUUUAAUAUUGCCAUUUUAAAAUAACCGUAAAUAGUCAACAAGCCAUUCCAGCUCUAGAUGACCUUGAGAGACAGGGCAUUAAUAACAAGGGAGAUACAGUAACACUCAACUACUCAUUAGCACUUUGAGUCUGAGCCAAGAUGGGUCCACGACAAAUGACGCUUCUGUUGCUUUGAUUGAAAUGGACUUUAAAGGAAGAUACAUGUCUUAUCAAUAGGUGAGGGGUCAAGACUCCUCACCGCCUGGGACUGGUUUUCUAAUGGGAAUCUGAUUAAGGGCUAGUUUGACUUUGAAAAAGGCUGCUACAUCUCCAACAAUUAUGUGAAAUCCUAAGACAGGGUCAAACAGUCUCACUCCGCUGAAGUUACAGAACUUUUUAUGGGAGGGACUUUUUUUGUUGCAUGACAGACGAAGCGAAAGCAUCUUAACCAGCAGAGAAAAAAAACUCAGUACUUAUGAUAAAAAUGCCACAUGCAUUUAUAUUUAAUUAAAAUUCACUUCUCAAGCCCUUUUAUUUAAGAGACAGGGUAGUUGUUUUUGUUGAAUCUGGGUUUCCAAGCCAGUCAACUGUUGGAUUACAUAACUGAACCUGAUUGAACUAUAAAAUCAAUCUGCUUUUUUAACAAAAUCAUAUUGACUGUCAUUAAAAACAAAGAUUUGAACAUAUUUCCUAAUUUACUAUAAACUCUCCUUAAUAUUUUUGAAUAAGGAGGACAUAAAGUUUGCUAUUAGGGUGAGAUGACCUUCGUUUGAUUUGCUUUAUUGUUUUGAUGCUGCUGUUAAUUAGUCCUGAUGACAGCUAUCGUUUUAAUUGGAUUUGUUUUUGUUUUUUUUCCUUUAAAUUGUAUUUCACCUAAAUAUAUCAAUUUACUCACCCUCAUGUCGGUCCAAACCUGUAUGUCUUUUUUCUUCUGUGGAGCACAAAAGAAGAUAUCUCAAAUAGUUUUUGUCUGUAUGAAAGCUAAUGGGGUCCAAAACAACAUUGGACCUCCUUGACUUUCAUAGCAUGGACAAAUAUUUUUAAAUGCAUUCUUUUGUGUCAUACAGGUUUGGAGCAACAUGAAAGUGAGUAAAUGACAAUUUUCAUUUUUGAGGUGAACUGUUCCUUUAAAAAAAUUAAGUUUCUUUUUUGUCUGUCUAAAAUGGACAGGUUGCAUUAUUUUUGCUCUUUAACUGGACACAAAACUGACUAAUAUUUUCAAAGGGGCCUUGACGUAUUUGAUACUGGAUAGCUGAAUGUGAUUUCUCUUUCUUUUUUUUUUUUGGACUUUGUAAUGAACAAGAAUAAAAUGUCUGUAAUUCAAUGCUAAAAUGUUCUGUAGAGCUGCAAACAUUCUCAAUACUGCUAAUGUGAAACUAUGUCAAGAACUAAACUGAUGAAUGUAGAAGCUGCCAAAUCCAUGUCUAAACAAACGGCCUCAAAGCCCUUAAGAUCUGGUCAUUAUCACGCUGCAGGGACACAGGGUCUAGAAACGCUUGCCGCCUCAGGUCCAUUACAACAUCUGGCUCUGUUCAUGUCCUGAUCUGAACCUCUGACGCUGGCCAGUACAUUCCUCAAUGCUGAGUCCAACAAAACCCAUCCAAGGUUUUCAUUUAACAUGCACUGAACAUGAUCAUCUACUUUUACUAAAACUAAUCACAUUAAUCAUGUUUUGUAAUGACAAGUGCAGAAGGACAAGGUUUUGCUGUUCAUUAGAAACAUGGGCUGAAUGUGUUUAAAUUUGCCAAACUGUAAAACUCAACAGAAUGGAAAGGUAGAUGUUCACCAGCUUUUUUUUUUUUUGUUUCCUAAAAAAAAAAAAAAUCAUUUUUAAUUUUUUUUCCUUUCCAAAUUUUGAAUAACGAUGUUUAUAACAUCUCAGCACUUGAUUUCCUCGAAUUUCUUCAUAACAGUUUCACCUCGCUGUCAAAUGUCUGCAGAAGUUAGUUUGUGUGCACGCAUUUUGAUAAAUACAUCUGUAAUUGGGGUCAUGUUCAUUCUAAAUUUGUUGGUACUGUCAUUUGUAUCGCUACUGCUUUUUUUGGCAAUGCCCCGGUUUGAUUCUCAGGUUAUGCAAGAAAUCUACCUCUUUAGGUAAGACAUACUGUGAAAGAUGCUCAAGAGAGCUUUUCUUUCUCCCCCAGCUUAGCCCAUGACCCCUCUGAGAUUGUACAAUGCUCUUGUAGUUCUGUCUUGCUUUUCAAUAAAAACAUUUUGUAGAAUUUUC